AUGGUUGGACACAGUGAAGCAGUACGCACAAUCUCGUCUCAGUUACCCCGGGUGAUACCGCUUAAUGUUGGUGGAUGCCACUUUGUAACUACUCUAUCCACAUUGACCAAGGAUAAGGACUCUAUGUUAGCCGCCAUGUUUAGUGGCCGGCAUGAACUGGACACAGACAGUGAAGGGAGAUAUUUCAUUGAUCGGGAUGGAACUUACUUCAAAGAAAUCCUGAAUUAUCUUCGAGAUAGUACACAGCUACCAUCUGCUGAAAGAGCUCUCGAGGUUUACAGAGAAGCGCAAUUCUACCAAAUAGAAGGCUUGAUCGACACUCUAGAACGUUUCUCAAACGUCUUUGCGCACAAAUUGGAAGAGGCAAGGAAAUAUAAGCUGGGAAGUGAUUUUGAAAAGUGGCAACAACAGAUUAUCACUUGCGCACAAAACAAGAGUCUUCAAAAUUUGACGUCCACAAGCAAAGUGAGCCUGCUGUCGCAAGAGGAUCAUAAAAAGAUUAUGGAAUGCGGAGACUGUGUUGGUCCGCAUGCGCACAACCUGAUCGUUUGCAAACCCGCUAAACGGGGAUCAGCGCAAAUUCACGACACGUUUGAAAAUGUGCAACGUCGCGUGAAAGAAACGGAACCUGUGGUUUGUCCCUUAAAAGAUGCUGAGAUGAAAGCUUUUGUGGAUAUGACCCUGGCUGAUUUGAUAAGCAAGGGAUACGCUGUCAGCCUUCGUGAAAUAACCAUUCAGUGUAAGAACACCAAGGUGUAUUAUGGGAUAGGUAAGGAAGAGUGUCAGUUGAACAUCACGGAGCACGUGAUCGAGUUUGAAUGGUGUACGCGCUAGAAUUCAAGUAGCUGUAACUAGUAGUUAUGAUCGAAAAGC